UCGACAUUGUGCGCUUUCGCUCUACUCGCUGAUUUGUAUCCUUGGAAGGUGGACCUGCUUCACAUUCACUCAGCAAAAUAGGGACCUUCAAUGAAAUAGCCCUCCUAAAUUUAAGAUACAACUGGCGUUAUGAAGAUCAAAGUGUUCCAUCAGCUCCAACAUGUCUGGAGACGGGAUUCCGAAGUUCCACGUGAAGAGCGUAUCAAUGAUGUGCAUGUACCAGGACAUAUUCUUCCCCCGGAAGACCCUCCCAAAUCCCCGCUGAAGGUGGUCUCUGAGUUGGAGUCAUCGAAUUGCAACUCAAAUGUCCCCGAAAGAGCCGAAUGGGGAAGUCAAUUCGAAUUCAUGCUCUCAUGCUUGAGUUUUGCCGUGGGAUUGGGUAACAUCUGGAGAUUCCCCUACUUAUGCUACAGAAAUGGCGGAGGCGCUUUCCUCAUUCCUUAUGCAUUGAACAUAUUCCUGACCGGAAUUCCACUGUUCUUUAUGGAGCUCUCGUUUGGCCAAUUUGCGAGCAAGAGUCCGGUCGCAAUUUGGUGUAUCUCGCCUCUCUUCCAAGGCAUUGGGUUGUCGAUGUUCUUGAUUUCUUUCGGUGUUGGAUUGUACUAUAAUGUUAUCGUCGCUUGGGCCUUGUACUACUUUGGUGCCACCUUGAGCUCGCUCUUCGAUGAUGAUCUCCCAUGGGUCACGUGUUCCAACUGGUGGAACACCAAAGGUUGCCAGGAGCUCCAUGAUGUCUCAAGGAAUAUGACUGGAAAGGUUCCUGAAAACUACGACUCUGCGGCUCAAGAAUACUUCACUCGGAACGUGCUGGAACUGUCACCUGGGCUCGAGGAUCUCGGUGGGAUGCGCUGGCAAUUGGUUUUCUGUCUAUUUUUGGCCUGGGCGAUUGUCUUCUUGGUCCUCUACAAAGGCGUCAAGAGCUUGGGAAAGAUGGUUUACUUUACGUCUUUGUUCCCCUACUUCAUCCUGACCCUCCUACUGAUCAAGGGACUCUCACUUCAUGGGGCCAUGGACGGGAUUUGGUUCUAUAUAAAGCCGGAUUUCUCCAAACUCCUUGAAGUCCAAUGUUGGGCCGAUGCCGCCAUCCAAAUCUUCUUUUCUUUGGGUCCUUGUUGGGGAGCCCUGAUCACCCUGUCCAGCUACAACAAGUUCUCCAAUAAUUGCUUCCGAGACGCCAUUGUCAUUGGGAUGGCCAAUUGCGCCACCAGCUUCUUCGCCGGGUUCGUGGUCUUCAGCUUCGUCGGCUUCAUGGCCUAUGAGCUCCAAAAGCCCGUUUCGGAAGUGGUUGCCUCGGGUCCUGGUCUGGCCUUUGUGGUCUACCCUGAGGCCGUGUCUUUGCUUCCUGGCUCCAAAAUCUGGGCUCUGCUUUUCUUUUUGAUGCUCUUGGCUUUGGGCUUUGGUACGCAGUUCUCCAUUCUGGAAACUGUCACUUCGAUCGUAGUGGAUGCGUGGCCAAAACGUUGGGGAAAGGCCAACCAUCAAGUGGUCUUGGGAUGCGCUUGCACAACUGGAUUUGUUUUGGGCCUUUGUAUGGUCACUCGUGGCGGGAUGUACAUCCUUCAGCUCUUGGAUAACCACGCUGGAACGUUUUCCGCCCUAAUCACCGGCGUGUGCGAGGUUGUUGUCUUGGCUUGGAUAUAUGGUGUGGACAGAUUCCUGGGAGAUAUCCAAAUCAUGUUCCAAUGGAACACCAAAACCAAGGCUUACAAGUUGUUCCAUUGCUUCUGGAAGACCAUGUGGAGAUUCGUCACUCCAAUGCUUCUUCUGCUCAUCUUGGUGGCCACGUGGGCCGGAUAUAAGCCCAUGACGUACGACAAGUACGUUUAUCCAAUGUGGGCUAAUGGCUUGGGAUGGGUGGUCUCUUUCAUUUCGGUCGCCGCCAUUCCAUUGGUGAUGCUGUCCAAAAUCAUUACCACUCCCGGUCCCUUGUCCGAGCGAAUUUCCAAGCUGAUCAAACCCGAUUCAAAUUGGGGCCCGCUGAAUGAAGGGGACUACCAGAACGCUCAAGAUGGAUGGGAGGAAAAUGGCUUCUUGGAGGGUAAAGAGAUGAUCGAUAUGAGUAAGGAUGAAGGCAACACAUUACUGAACUCGUUGGAUGCGGUGUGCUAAAGCGUUUAUUUUGUCUGAUUUGUCACUGAAACCCCACCAAUCUCUCAAACCAACCCGGAUGCUGGAUCGACGGCACCUCCAGCAUCUUACCAAACUACCAACCAACCAACCAACCAACCAACCAAAUAACCACCACUUACUGGCAUAUGAGACAUGUAUCGAAUACUCGACAUCUUAGUUCCUUACUGUAUACUGUAUCAAAUUUAUGAGCUGAGUGGAAGCGAUUACUUGAGAAAUCCUUCGGACCAUUUUGAUUCGCGAUAGAUGACGAAAUUUCUUUGCGAAAAUGUACUAGAUGUUGCUGUUGGUUCUCGUUCAUUGGAGUUUGGUUGUGACCCAGAUUCGACCCUUUCAAGUAUUGCUAAUUUUAAGCUAUCCCUUUUGUCACUUGUAGGCUCAUGUGCUGAAUAAACUAUUAGUAGAACAGC